AUGCUGAAAGCACACGAAAAUAUGCAUUUGGGCGUCAAUAUUUCUAACGCCCUGCAACAACUAGAAAGCGUAAAAACAGCUGUAGAUCAGAGUGAUGAUUCGAAGCUUAAGGCUGCAACAAGCGAUGACUUGACUAUGUUAAUUAAUUUACUGGAAAAUCCUAUAUUGAGAAGCAUAGUAACACUUCAGGAUUCUGUUGGUAUGCUAGCUACACAGGUUGCUCAUCAUCCCUCUAUAAUACCUGGUGACUUUGACAUUACACCUGCAGGUGAUCUUGCUCUACACACACGAAAUCUAUAUGGACCUCAUGAAGGAGAUGAAGAGCAAAGGGUGCCUCAGGUUUCCCCGCCUCAAAGUCUAGAGUUUGCAUCUAAUUUAGACAGUGAAAGGAUAUUAGGCAUGGAUUCUGCAUCCGACUCAAAUAUGUCACCUAAGCAGGGUAGAGGUGUAAUGGAAGUGAGUGUAAAUGAUAGCUCCAUAGCGUCUAUCUCAAAUAACAUUGUUGCUGGUGAUUGGGCUCAAGUUGAAAUUAUCAACUUAGUAAAUGAUGGCACUGGCCUUGGAUUUGGUAUAAUCGGUGCUAGAACAAGUGGAGUUAUCGUGAAGACCAUCCUUGCUGGAGGCGUAGCUGACCGUGAUGGACGACUGAAGUCUGGAGAUCAUAUCCUACAAAUUGGUGAUGUUAGCCUAAUGGAGAUGGGUUCAGAGCAAGUCGCUGGUGUGUUGCGGGCAUCAGGCUCCCGCGUACGCCUCGUUGUUGCGCGGCCAGUGGAUCCGGCCAGUCUACACGCGUCUACUGCACCCGUUGUGCCCGCUAGGCUUUUAUCCAGUCCAGAGGCCCUAGACCGCUACCUCAUGGAAUCUGGCUUUGAGCAGGUUUUCCACACUCAACCCACACCUCUGCCGACCAAUUCAACGUCAACCAGAUUUGUAUUUGAUAAGUCAAUUACUCCGCCGCCUGAAAGUGAUGCAGAUUCACCAGAAGUUGAUAGGUUUACUGUACAACUAAAGAAGGAUGAAAAUGGAUUAGGUAUCACAAUUGCAGGAUACGUAUGCGAAAAAGAAGAGCUUUCUGGAAUAUUCGUAAAGUCGGUGACGCCCGGUAGUGCUGCUGCCCUAAGUGGGAAAGUACGAGUCAAUGACCGCAUUAUCGCGGUUGAUGGGGUUUCCCUUGCUGGGAAGUCUAACCAACGGGCAGUGGACGCACUGAAGCAGAGUGGAAAUAUUGUUACAUUAGAACUCGAGAGGUAUCUCCGCGGGCCAAAGUUUGAGCAGCUGCAACAAGCGAUAGCUGCGGGUGAGAGUGCAGCGGCUAAUGUUGCCGUCACGAGUGUGUCUUCUGCCAACAACCCUUUCCUGCAUAUUCACCGCGCUGACAACUCCGAUUCGAGCGAACAUCAAAUUCAAAUGACACACCUUAAUGCCACAUCUGAGAAUAGCGUUGAUGAGGUGAGUGAAAGCGGGCGCAGCUCAGUGUCGACAGUGCAUCGUCCGCAACCAUCAUUCGAAAUGCCUCGUACGCAGGAGCAAAAAGACGCUAUCAAAAGGAAGUGGCAGGCUAUACUUGGUGACGAUGUAGAGAUAGUGGUGGGAGUGGUUGUCCGUGGUGGGGGAGGUCUCGGGAUCUCACUGGAGGGGACAGUGGACGUAGAAGGGGGGCGCGAGGUUCGCCCCCACCACUACGUUCGCUCUGUUCUUCCGGAGGGACCUGUAGGACGAGCGAGAGUCCACAGACCUGGCGACGAAUUACUGGAGGUGAACGGUCAUCGUCUACUCGGCAUGAACCACCUAGAGGUGGUAUCCAUCUUGAAAGAGUUAUCUAGUGAAGUAUGCAUGGUGUGUGCCAGGCCACGCCCAGCGCCAGCGUUAGACCUCGCUCCUCCACCACCGACUCUUGUCAAAGCAAAGUCAGACGGAAGUUUGGCGGGUGCGGGAGCCGGUGGAGAAGAAGGUGGCGCAGGGUCUUUGGGCGCCGGUGGUAAAGUACGUUCGCGCAGCCUGGAGCCUCUCACUGGUCUCGCUAUGUGGUCUUCCGAGCCUCAGAUUAUUGAACUAGUGAAAGGCGAACGAGGAUUGGGCUUCUCGAUCCUGGACUAUCAGGAUCCUCUGCGUCCCUCGCACACGCUUGUGGUAAUUCGGUCGCUUGUACCCGGCGGAGUAGCGCAACAGGACGGCCGGCUCAUCCCAGGGGACAGACUGCUCUUUGUCAAUGAUCAGAACUUGGAGAACGCAAGCCUAGAGCAAGCAGUGGCUGCCCUGAAGGGUGCUCCACGCGGUGUCGUGCGUAUCGGCGUGGCGAAGCCCCUGCCACUCGCUGAUCAUCCGCCUCCCCCUCCCACUACACCACCACCUACUUCAUAA